AUGGAGGAAAUAAUCGUGCAUGUGUUUGCAAUACAAACAAAUCAAGUUACAACUGAUAUUAUCACAUUGACAAGACAUGUUCUUGAUGAACAACAUAAACAUAAAGAUACAGGUGGCGAUUUGACAACAUUGUUAAAUGCAAUUCAACUUGGUUGUAGAUUUGUAGCUACUAAGGUUAGAAAAGCUAGACUUUUGAAUUUAAUUGGACUUGCAGGUGAUUCAACAAAUAUUUCAGAAAUAUUUCAAUAUCCGCCAGAAGGUAAAGAUCCUUAUUCAGCUCGUUACAUUGGUUCAAUGGUUGCUGAUGUUCAUAGUACUCUGUUAUACGGUGGAAUCUUCGCAUAUCCAACUGACAAAAAAUCAAAAAAUGCUGAACAAGCUGGUGGCAAAACUACAGAUGGUAGAAACGAAUGCUUGAUAUCAAAAUUUUAUGCCGAUUUUUCAAAGAUCUAA